GCCCACACAGCCCCAAGCAGCAGCCCAGCUCCGACAUGGCCCAGCCGGCCCAAUGCAUCCGCUCUACCUUUGGCCUCCAGUGUUGCCUCCUCUUCCUUCUAGCUUCUUGGGAGGCAGGUGCUACCACAGUUCAAGAACUUCAGAAGACUGGUGAAUCCCCAACAUCUGAUCAUAUUCUCCCUCCCACUCCAAGCCCUGUUUAUACUACUCUCUCUGACCACACUGCUCUUCAUUCAGGACACAGCCCUGCAGACCUCCCCAAAUCUACAGAAACCCAUCAACCAAAACGCUGUUGCAAUACCACACACAGUUCCAAGCUGAUUCACAAAUCUAUAGAUAACUCUGGGAGCUCUACAACUCAUCAUGAAGCUCCUCCCACUUCUGAACAAAACCCCAGCAAUCAAGGAAAAGACACAGUUAUCCGGAACAAACGCUCUGCAGAUUUUAACUCCACUCAAACAGAUAAAGGAUCGUCAAAAUAUCCAACCCCAGCACCCAAGAGCAAAACGACUUGUCGUAAGUCCAAAACAACCAAACAAAUUGUAACAAGAAACUCAGCUGAAACCAUAACAACUUUGGAAAAGACUAUCAUUACUUUAGUCAGUAAAAGCACAUCCUCACACAAGACCACAAAUCCUUCCCACAACUCGUUCAAUUCAGAGACGAAUAAAACACCCACAUCUACCUCAGAAAAAACCACAACUGCCACAAGCACACCAUACCAGGGUACACGAAUCUCAGGGAGGUCAGAAAGAGCUGAUGAUCACACAACAACUGCUAAUUACAGACCUACAGUUGACUCAGAUAAGAAACUGAUAAGGACUACAGAAAACAUAAAAGACACAUCAGCGACUGAGAAGACCACACAAACUCCAGAAAAGCCUACAGAACAGGGACAAGAGACCAUGGCGGCUCACAGGAAGACCACAAGAGCCUCAGCAAAGCCCACAGAACAGCGACAAGAGACCACAGAGGUCCAUGAGAAGACCACGAGAGCCCCAGUAAAGCCCACGGAACAGAGACAAGAGACCACACUGGCCCACGAGAAGACCACGAGAGCCCCAGCAAAGCCCACAGAACAGGGACAAGAAACCACAGAGGCCCACGAGAAGACCGCGAGAACCCCAGCAAAGCCCACGGAACAGAGACAAGAGACCACACUGGCCCACGAGAGGACCACGAGAGCCCCAGCAAAGCCCACAGAACAGGGACAAGAAACCACAGAGGCCCACGAGAAGACCACGGGAGGCCCAGCAAAGCCCACAGAACAGAGACAAGAGACCACAGAGUUUCACGAGAAGACCACGAGAGCCCCAGCAAAGCCCACAGAACAGAGACAAGAGACCACAGCAGCCCAUGAGAAGACCACAAGAGCCCCAGCAAAGCCCACAGAACAGGGACAAGAAACCACAGAGGCCCACGAGAAGACCGCGAGAACCCCAGCAAAGCCCACGGAACAGAGACAAGAGACCACAGAGGUCCAUAAGGAGACCAUGAGAGCCCCAGAAAAGCCCACGGAAAAGAGACAAGAGACCACAGAGAUCCACGGGAAGACCACGAGAGUCCCAGAAAAGCCCACAGAACAGGGACAAGAGACCACAGCGGCCCAUGAGAGGACCACGAGAUCCCCAGGAAAGUCCACAGAACAGAGACAAGAGACCACAGCAGCCCAUGAGAAGAGCACGAGAGCCCCAGCAAAGCCCACAGGACAGAGACAAGAGACCACAGAGGUCCACGAGAAGACCACGAGAGCCCCAGCAAAGCCCACAGAAAAGAGACAAGAGACCACAGAGGUCCACAAGAAGACCACGAGAGUCCCAGCAAAGCCCACGGAACAGAGACAAGAGACCACACUAGCCCACGAGAGGACCACGAGAGCCCCAGCAAAGCCCACAGAACAGGGACAAGAAACCACAGAGUUUCACGAGAAGAGCACGAGAGCCCCAGCAAAGCCCACAGAACAGCAACAAGAGACCACAGAGGUUCACAAGAAGACCACGAGAGCCCCAGCAAAGACCACGGAACAGGGACAAGAGAUCACAGCGGCCCAUGAGAGGACCACGAGAGCCCCAGCACAGCCCACAGAACAUGGACAAGAGACCACAGCAGCCCGUGAGAAGACCACGAGAGCCCCAGCAAAGCCCACAGAACAGCAACAAGAGACCACAGCAGCCAGUGAGGUCACAACAGUCUCAGAAAAGCCCACAGAACAGCAACAAGAGACCAGAGCUGCCCACAAGAAGACCACAUGUGCCCCAGUAAAGCCCACAGAACAGAGACAAGAGACCACAGCAGCCCACAGAAAGACCACAGGAGCCCCAGCAAAGCCUACAAAACAUGUAGAAAAGACCACAUCGGCCACUGAGACCAUAAAAGCCCCAGUAAAGCCUACAGAAAACCCAGCAGCCACAGAGACUACAAGACCUCCAGUCGAGGUCACAGGAGACAAAUCUAUCACUAAUACCUCUCCUCAUCCAAAAAAACCUGAGGUUACCCAUCAGGUGCCCACUGGUUCUUUUGCAGCUACAACAUCCAGCCUGGAGCUGGGUUCCAUCACGUCGGAAGCCCCAGCCAAUAAGAGCCAACCAAAUCAGAACAAAGAUGGCUCAGAGGGAGGUCUCCAGACUGCAGAGAGCGAGGAGAAGGAUUCAUUCCCUUCAUGGGCCAUAGUUAUUGUGAUCCUAUUGGCUGUGAUUCUCCUCCUGGUGUUCUUUGGCCUGAUCUUCUUGGUCUCCUACAUGAUGCGAAGACGCCGUGCACUGAUCCGGAACACUGAGGACAAUGACCCAGAGAAUGAUGUGGGCCCCAAUUCCUAUCCAGUCUACCUGAUGGAGCAGCAGACUCUUGGCAUGAGCCAGAUCCCUUCCCCACGAUGAUCUUUCAGACAGCGCCCACCCCAGCUCUUCCAUGCCUUACCCCUCUCCUGGAUAAGGAAAUAGACUCACAAUUCCUAUUUCCUGAACUCCAGGAAGGGCAAAGUACUGACAGUUAACUGCAUUGACCCUUCAUCUGCUGUGUUCUUAAUGAAAGUGGUCAAGGGAUGAGGUGAUAAGCAAGAAGGAUGUGAGUUUGGGGGAUAGAAAAGAAAGAAUGAAUAAUACAAGCAAGUGUUCUCUGUAGAAGAUGAUGGUCUGAAAGUGAAAAGGUGUUUCAUGGACAUAUCGAAUGGGAACCAAUCAGGACCCUGAUUUCUGAGAGGCGCAGCACAGCUGAGGGAAGUUCAGGGUUAGAAGGCUAUACUCCAGAUCUGACUGUGAGUUGGGAUUAUGGGAAGGCGGAGACAGGAAAGGGUGCCUGGGUUUUAGGACUAAUCUAUAUUAUUUUCAUCUACUAUUACUUAGAGUUUGUGUGUAAACAGGCUUGUCUUUGAGUUCCCAGGGCUUGCCCCCUACCUUUUUUUUAAUGAAAAAAAUAGGAUCUGAGAAGAAAAGAGGAUUUAUUUCCUUCUUCACCCUCUCCAUUCCCAGGAGAAAGGAAAAUUCCAGAAAAGUUCAUAAAUAUCUCUCACCCAGAUGGUUCUUCCCUCUUCCUCUCGCAUCCCUUCGUUUUUCUAAAUGUCUACAGAGGGCACUGUUGGUUUGGCUUGCUGAGCUGUGGGCGGGCACGCUGGGAGGGACUUUCGUUUGGUCUCAUCCAUUGAUUCCCAUCCCAGAGCUUCUGUGAUAGUGUUCUCCACUCAGUAUUUAUUUUCCCGUCUCUUCCACCAAAAGCCAGUCCCGGCUCUUUCCUGUAGGAGUCACCCAUCUUCUCCACUACCUCAUCCUCUUUCCUCACACCUUCCCCCCAGAUUCUGCUUUUCCUCCAUGUAGGCAUUUCAUCUGUGUAUGUUUUCUAGAUUUUCUCUCCAACUUAUUAAAGCCUUUUUCCCCUUAUUCCUGGUUGUGCAGAAGGGGAAAGGGAGUCGACAGAUGUCAGCUUCCUUCUUUCUAUUGUUCUUAUUAUAAUAAAAUGUAAAAUAUUUAUAAAGUAA